AUGCUCAAUCUUUCCUUGAUACAGGAGUUGCUGUUGCGUCUGCCGGAGGGCACGGCCCGACUGAACCGCAUCAGCCGUCUCGCCUGGUGCCUGUCGCGUUGCACUCACAUCAUCACCGGCUUUGUCGAUCCCGCCACGAUCACUGAUGAGCCCGUAAUCGAAGCCGGCGAAGACGGCCUCGAAUCGCCUGAUCAACCUGCGCCUGACAACCUUGACUUAACUGACGCAGUUGAGGCUGUCGAACGGUUAAACACCGAAACCCCACCCAUUGGCUUCCUCACUCCGGAACAGCUCAUCUCGGAGGCCUGUCUCGCGGCCAAUGUGCCAUCCAGCCAGACCGACUGGGAUUCGAAGCCAGAAACGAGGUCAAGCCAGUGCUCGGUCCAAGAAUCACUGAGCAAGCGGCUGCACGAGUCGCUGGGCGAGAGUCCCACGCAACAGGAGGACCUGGACAAACCUGAAGACUCCAAGGUUCCAUGA